CUUUUCCCUCUUUUAGUGUUACCCGUCCAGGUUGUGGACUCCUUUAAAAUGUGCUGUGCCGUAUUAUUAUAUUUUUAAUGGUAUGAAUGAAUGAAUGCAAUUACUUGUAUGUAUGGGUGCGUAGCGCAGUACCAAUAGUCAGUAUAUCAUGUCGUCCCCAUCUAUACAACUAGUGCCUCCUCAUACAGUUGCUACUAAUGUAACUUUGUCGAAAACUACACCACACCCCGGGUAAUCCUUUGUGCUGACCAAUAAACAUUUUGGUCGCAAGUUGUUCUCUAGACCUUACUGAUAACCACUUUAUAGUUUUUGCAAAAAGUCGAAUGUUGAUGUUGAAAAUAAACUUUGAAUGUGCUCGGAAACAUGCUUUGUCACUGUAAUACGCCUGCCUUGUUAACAAUUUAUUAUACAUGUGAGGGUGCAAUAUGUUACAUCUUAUUCUUAUACAAUAUCAUACAAGCUCACAUUUUGAACCUUUUUAUGUGAUAUAAUGCAAAAGAAUAAAAUCGAAGGCUUGCAGUCUUAAUAUGGCAACGAAUCUAGGCAGAAGUAAGAUUCGCAAACCAUAAACAUGCAUCUUCCAACUAAAUGUAAAUAUGUUUUUAACUGUAAGCGUGUUUUAACAACUGUUGUUUUGUUGCUAUAUUUCACGCAUUUUUGCACAUGUUAGGUUUGGACCAAAUGCCCAACUUUUAAAACAAAGCAUUUUAAUUGUUUAAAAUCUAGCAUUACCUUCCAUUACAAAUUCUAUUAAAGUUUUAUGCAUAAUUGGUUAAAUGCGUGAAACAAAUUAAAUAACUUUUAAUAUUUACUUGCAUACUGGAAUUUUAAACGUGUGGUGUUUUUAGACAACUCAAUUGAUACCUGAUAUAUAUAUAGCGACAUAACGGUUUAUAAAAGAAUAUAUUCUUUGUGUUCCUUCUAUUGUAUUGACUGUUUUGUAUCAAACAAUCAAUAUGGCGGAUCGCUUAACAAGUGGAUUACCAUGGGGGAGUAAUUAUCGUGACAACAACACCAGCAAUUCAUAUGGAAACAACAUGGGCAACAAUUAUGGUAAUGACACCGGCACUGAAAGCUUGAAAAUUGGGACAUGGGAUCCUUCUGAGAUCAACAAGUCAUCCAGCUCAUCUUCAAGCAAUUACCAACCAGCUGCAAGCAACAGUUGGACCCAACCUUCACAGCCCGCUCAUAAUUACAACAACAGCUAUGACAGUCAGCAGUAUUCGAAUCAGUUGGCUAACCAAGCCAGUAACUUGUCAUUGGGUUCACAACCUUCAAGGUCAUCACCUGACACUAGCAUGUACUACUACUCCUCCCAACAGCAGCCAACUCAACGAUACCAGCAACAAUCACAGCCAGCUAUGCCACCAUUGCCUAACAUAUCCUCAUACCAAAGUGAAAUCCAACCAGCUAGACCAUCUGAUUCGCGUAACUGGCGAAGUCCAGCGCAAACAACUUAUAACACAUAUAGUCAAUCUAAUCUAUCAUACAGCACACCAACAGCAACUGAUGUCCAGUAUCAACAACAGCGAUCACAAUUUACAGUUGGCCAAAGUUGGGAAUCGUUUCAAAAUCCUUUAAAUCAAGCAGAGGAAGAUGAAGAAAGACCAGAAGCCAUUGUGGAACGGCUUAAGCAAAAAGCAGCCGAUGCCAAAGCUGUCAAAGAAGAAUUACAAAGAAAACCAAAUAUUAUUUCAAAAGCUGGUUUAGCCUUGAUAGAAAAAGACCUGUUAGAUGCAGCAAAGCCAUUUGAAACUGUGGAAAGUUUGCAGCAGUGCAGGGAAAAGCAACUUGGUCUCUUAUCAAAUGAACCUACAAGCUAUGGAGGUGAUGCUCAAAAGAAAGAAGAAACUGAGUUUGUAAAUCUUCCACCUUUAGUAUCCGCACUUUCAGCUGAGGCAAAAGAAUUUAUCCCUUCUCCUUCAAUCAAACUACAGAGAGGCCAACCUACACAACUCUCCCAGAAAUCUUCUGAAGAAAACGAAGAAGCUGCGUUAAAACUUGUAAAUGACUGUGUCUAUGAGCUUGCUUGCAACCCAGCGAGCUUUGAUGAAGCUGUUCCUAAAGAUCUUGUUCCAAAGCUUAAUGCAUUAAAUUUGAACCAAAGUUCCAUUGAGAAAAUUGUGGAUCUGAUAUAUGAAGCUUGUGUCUUGGAGCAAAACUUCCGAUAUCUUGGUGGACAACUCUGUGAUAUUCUGUCUCGCUCCACAGGGGGUUUGCCUGGCUUCAGGACAACUCUGCUAAAGAAGGCACAAAAAGAAUUUGAGAGUAUGGCUAAGGCUCUUGAUGGGACGAAAGAAGAACUGACCAGGGCCUUAGGUUUCACCCAGUACACUGCUGAACUCUUCUUAAGUCUCACGAUGGCUGAACAAGAUGGUACCAUGGUUCGAUUUUCAGUUUUAGGUCGAGCCAUUCUUGGUGUGGUGGAAAAGUUAAUCAAACAUCCAGAUAAUGAUGAUUGUAUACAAUGUGCAGUGCGUGUGCUGAAGUUGACCAUCAUUUCUUUGGAAGAUGCUUUACAAAAUGAUGGCAAAGAUUCUACAACAAAACUUGCUAACAUAUUGGACCAACUAACAAGCUUAUCCAAUGAUGCAUCAUCUAAACUUAACAACUUGAGUAAAAACUUGCUCAAGGGACUUCUUAAACUAAGAGAGCAAAACUGGGGUCGUGCACCAGCCGACGAGCCCCAUAAGCCACAAGAUGAACCACAAACUGGUCAGCUGUUUUACCCCACACCCCCUGGACAGGAUCCAAAUUAUAUACUGAAUGAGCCAGUCUUCUUCACACCACAAGGAGUUGAAUACACGACAGCAGAUGCUGCCGAUCCAGAAUUCUACCAGCAGCAUCUUGCCCAUCACCAAUUACAAGCAUUUGAACCAGAUGUGUAUGACCAAUACUUGUAUGAAGACUAUUCUUUUAACCCUGCUGAUGACAAUGUGGCACCGUACGCUGCCUGGUCGGCUGGUGACCAGUUUGACGCCGGUUGUGCAGAAGAUGAUUACGACCAGGAGUUCGACAAUUUCUUGCGACAAAUGCCUUAAGCAUCAGUGUUAUUACAGUAUUCUAGAAGAGCGAUAAAUUCACCCCGUUCAAGGGGUCGCACUAGUGGUACACUUGUGUGUGUUCUGUACUUCCGAGUUAUUUAAUAGUUUUAAUGUUACGUUGCGCUGAGCAGCUCAAGUCAAAAAUUUGGUAUACUUCUGGUUGAUUUUAGCAUAUAAAAUAUUUUUAACAGACUCUCAUGUUUAAAGCGUCAACACUGCCAUGGAGAGUACAUGUAUAAAAUAAUUUAAAUAUUCCAAAAAUUCAUUUUUGUUGCAAUUUCGUUAUAUCCGUUCCUUUUUCUACUGUGUGCACAGGUCAAUAAAAUGGUUUUCAGAA